AUGGAAGGUUCUCUGACGCCAAAGUUCCAACAUAAUAAAAUGGCAAAAUUAUUAGUGGAGAAGUCUUCACGUGUGCUCUUCCGUACCUCUGCAUUCAGCGAGAAGUUUAAUGAACUUAAAGGUGGAUUAUUUCGUGCCGCUCAGUCAUCACGAAAACGAAAUGUUGCAAUGGAGGACGUAAUUGAAGAGACUCGUGCCAUGUUAGAAUUUGGCUUAACACGUGAACAUCUUCAGAAUCUGCCACGGAAGGAGCUUUUUCCAAAGAAAGCAAUCUAUAGUAUAGAAGAUGUUUACCACAAAGCAUUGCAGGUACAUGGUAGUGAAAGAGGUAUACAUCAAAGAAUGCAGUUAUAUCAAAAAUAUUUAUACCAAAACCCAUUAUUUGAGGAGCGGAGACAAAAGAAGAGCCAAUCUACUUCGUUUGCUGCAGAAGAUGCUGCGAAUGCUGUGAAGAUUGCACUGGGCACAAAUUUCCUUGACGUUUGCUUCAAAUUAUAUGGUGCAUUUAUUACUGGAUCAAAAAGCUUAGCUGCUGAAGGUUUGCAUAGUUCCCUGGAUUUAACCAAUCAAAUUAUCCUGAUGUAUGGAAUACGAUGGUCGAAACUGAACCCCACACCAACUUACCCUUAUGGUUACGGCAAUGCACGAUAUAUUGCUUCGCUGAUUAGUGGUUGCUGGCUUUUUGGAUUCGGUGGUGGAGUUUCGUUGUAUCAUGGCGUUACCGGCCUGCUUCAUCCUCACGCAAUCGAAUCACCAUCAUGGGCAA